GAUACGUAUCACUCCCUGCCUCUGUAAACAACUUGUGGAAGCAUAAUAGUACAGAAUUGUCUUCAUACACCGGAGUGUCCAUUAUGAAAGGGCAAAGGAUCCUUGACAUACCCGUGUGCGACCUCUCUCUGAUCCGUAACCUCUGGGAGAUCAGAGUGAAAAAGUACCGACAAAGACAACGAAAAGAGCAGGAGAGAAUACAGAAAAGUGCUCUUGCAAGGAUCAAUCAGCAAUGGCAAUAUCGCAUCGAGUGCAAGACCAUGAAGGCCACCGAGGUCUGUGAACUUCAGCACUACUUGGAGAGGAGGUCUCAUGGGAUUUCAAGCCUACACUUGUGCCAAGACAUUCCUUUUGAGACAGAGCCGGAUGAAAAAACUGAAAUUGAAGAAAAGAGGUACAUUUUUGAGAUAACUGGAGAAAAAUGGAUGGAACUCCCAGAUUAUAUUCGAGAAAUGACAUACCUACGGGAAUGGCACGUAAGGGGGACCAGCAUUCACAAAAUCCCAGCAUAUAUUGAGGAAUUUCAGGAGCUUCGUGUCAUUGAAGUGCCUAGAAAUGGAAUCGAAGAAUUACCAGUGGAACUUGGCAAGCUGAUUAACCUGAGAGAACUGAAUGCCAGCUACAACAAACUGUCGAGCAUUCCACCAGAAUUAGGGGACUGCGAGAACUUGGAGAAACUUGAGUUAAUCUCAAACCUUGACCUCGGUGAACUUCCGUUUGAGCUCAGCAAUCUGAAGAAACUGACAUACUUGGACAUAUCUGCUAAUAGGUUCCACAGCGUGCCUAUCUGUGUUCUCCGCAUGUCGAGCCUACAGUGGCUGGAUAUCAGUAACAACCUGCUCAGUGAUUUGCCCCAAGAUAUUGACAGGUUACAGGAAUUGACAUCAUUGUUCCUUCACAAAAACAAGAUAACAUACUUGCCAAUGGCUCUGGCUGAUAUAUCCUCACUCAAGAUGGUUGUGGUCAGUGGUGAUCAGAUUGUCUGUUUACCCUCACGCUUAUGUGAGGAUCCAGCUAUUAAAUUCAUCCGUCUUUUUGAUAACCCCGUUAACUCCCAAAAUGCAAAGGAGACAGAGAAGGAAACACGCAAGGAGCAGAACAAGCUGGAUGAAUUUGAGAAGGAGUUCAUGCAGGCUUAUAUUGAAACAAUCAAGGAAAGAGAUACUGCUCCAAAGUACACAACCAAAGUGUCUCUCAGUUGCCUUCUGUAAUGAAAAAUGACUCAAGCUUAUGGAAAAAAAUUAGCAAAACAGGUAAAAGAAAUGUGCGAUAAGGUAUUAAUUACACUCAUCCCCCGUUAUUCACAUACCCAGUCCAAGAUUAUUAAUACCACUUACCGUUAAUUGUUCCUGAUUGUCAUUUAUAUGGUCUGCUGCAUCCUGUUUGGACCUGCGACAUUUGGUCCUGGGCAACAAACUGAAAUAAUAUGUAAAAAUUGUGCAAAGCUGCUAUGUCAGAGACUGUGAGAGGCACUAUAUUUUAACUUUCUUGUUAUGCGUUUAUCUAAAUAUGGCAUAUAGCCUUGGUCUUCUUCAAGACAAUAAAUACACACAGUCGCUGUGAGUUUAUAAUCUAAAAUUAUGCAGUGCUGCUAGAACGUAUGUGAACCCUAUAGCGAUGGUCCUUAUUCUUGUAUUAAAUAUUAAAAUACAUGUAU